UCUUCCAUCUCUCUGCAGAUCCUGCUGCUGUCCGGGACGGUCUGGUCCUGCUGCUGCCCUCGAGCCCGGCUGUCACGGGCUCGUCCCCAUGCUCUCUUGGGCUGAGCGGGGGCCAGUGGGGCAGAGGAGCCGGCGCGCCUCGGGGUGCUGACGCAGGGGGGCGGGGGAGGCCGCUGGACACGCCGCUCCCGGGACCCUCCUGCUCCCCAGCUAGAGGAACCCCGAUACGCUGAUGGAUCUGAGGCCCUGCUCGCUGCUCCUGCUCUGGACUCUGGUGGUUGCCCUCACUCUCCUGGCCCAGGAGGUGCUGGCCCAGCAUAUUUACACCAACACCUGGGCCGUGCUUGUCCCUGCGGGGCCCCGGGAGGCCGACAGGCUGGCCAGGAAGCAUGGAUUCCUCAACCUGGGCCCGAUCUUUGGCGACUAUUACCACUUUCGGCACAGUGGCGUGGUGAAGCGUUCCCUCUCGCCCCACCAGCCCUGGCACAGCCGUUUGGCCAGGGAACCACAGGUGCAGUGGCUGGAGCAGCAGGUAGCAAAGCGCAGGACCAAGCGAGACAUUUUCAUGGAGCCCACAGACCCCAAGUUCCCACAGCAGUGGUACCUGUACAACACGAACCAGCGGGACCUGAACGUGCGUCAGGCCUGGGAGCAGGGCUACACGGGCAAGGGCAUCGUGGUUUCCAUCCUGGAUGAUGGCAUUGAGAAGAACCACCCUGACCUGGAGAGCAACUAUGAUCCGGGGGCGAGCUUUGAUGUCAACGACCAGGACCCAGACCCGCAGCCGCGUUACACCCAGAUGAACGACAACAGACACGGCACGCGCUGCGCUGGGGAGGUUGCUGCUGUGGCCAACAACGGGAUCUGCGGUGUCGGCGUGGCUUACAACGCCAGGAUUGGAGGCGUGCGCAUGCUGGAUGGGGAGGUGACUGAUGCUGUGGAGGCCCAUUCCCUGGGCCUCAAUCCCAACCACAUCCACAUCUACAGUGCCAGCUGGGGCCCUGAGGACGACGGCAAGACGGUGGACGGCCCGGCCCGGCUGGCGGAGGAGGCUUUCUUCCGAGGGGUCAGCCAGGUGAGAGGAGUUUGCCAGGGGAGCGCUGGCUGAGCUCCUGCCCCUUCCCCCAGGUCUCCCUUGCUCUGCCAGCCCUGGUUGUUGUCCCAGCCCUCCUGUGAUGAUCGGUCUUCCAGCCCACCUCCAGGAUCAGGCUCUGUUGGUUUUUCCUGUUCUUCCUGCACGAUGACUCUGAGUCAGGGCUCCUCCCAUCGCUCCUCCUUGCAGGUGACGACUGACCUCAGACAGAAAUGCACCGAAUCGCACACGGGGACAUCGGCCUCAGCACCCCUGGCUGCUGGCAUCAUCGCCCUGGCCCUGGAAGCCAACAAGAACCUGACCUGGCGGGACAUGCAGCACCUGGUGGUGCAGACGUCGAAGCCGGCUCACCUCAAUGCCAAUGACUGGGUCACCAAUGGUGUCGGCCGCAAAGUCAGCCACUCCUAUGGCUAUGGCCUGCUGGAUGCCGGGGCCAUGGUGAGCCUGGCCAAGAACUGGACCACAGUGGGACCUCAGAGGAAGUGCGUCAUCGAUGUCCUCAUGGAGCCAAAGGACAUCGGGAAGCGCCUGGAGGUGCGGCGGAAGGUGGACGCCUGCCUGGGGAAAGCCAACUACAUCAGCCGGCUGGAGCACGCCCAGGCCAGGCUGACGCUGUCCUACAACCGGCGGGGGGACUUGGCCAUCCACCUGGUCAGUCCCAUGGGCACCCGCUCCGGUGUGGUCUGCGAGGAGGGAUACUACCUGCACCAGAAGACCUGCCUGAAGCGCUGCCCUCCUGGCUUUGCGCCUGGCGUCCAGCGGACGCACUACAACCUGGAGAACAGCGUGGAGCCCAUCACCCCCCACCUCUGCCUGCCCUGUCACCCCUCCUGCGCCACCUGCGCGGGGCCUGGCCCCAACCAGUGCCUGACCUGCCCCGCGCACUCCCACUUCAGCAGCCUGGACCUCUCCUGCUCCCACCAGACGCAGAGCAGCCGCGCAUCCCCUGCCUUGGCGGAUGGCGAGGGGCUGGCCGAGGCCCCUCCUCCAGCCAACCUGCCUGUCCUCAUCGCCAGCCUCAGCUGUGUCCUCAUUGUAGUCAUCUUUGUCACCAUCUUCCUGGUGCUGCAGGCGCGCUCAGGCUUCAGCCUGCGGGGUGUGAAGGUCUACGCCCUGGACAGCGGGAUCAUCUCCUACAAGGGGCUCCCCUCUGACAUCUGGCAGGAGGAGGGCCCCUCUGAGUCGGACGGUGAGGAGUACGAGGCCCACAACGAGAGGACUGCCUUCAUCAGAGACCAAAGUGCCCUUUGAUGAGC